AUGUUUCUUUCAGCUGGAAAGUCUUCUCUCAGAGCUCAAUUGCGUACGCCUUACUCGCCUAUUUCCAGAAUGCUCACUUCCCACGCUGUGAUCUUUUCCUCCCACGGUGAACCCAAGGAUGUGUUGAAGACCCAUACUUAUGAGAUUGACGAGACCAAGUUGGGUGCCAACGAGAUUGUCUUGAAGACAUUGGGGGCUCCAAUUAACCCUUCCGAUAUUAAUCAGGUCCAGGGCGUCUACCCUAGUCAGCCUGAAAAGACUACUGCCUUGGGCACUUCGGAACCGCUGGCUGUGGGUGGUAACGAGGGACUCUUUGAAAUCACCCAUGUUGGUUCUGGCGUUAAGGAGUUCCAGGUUGGCGAUUGGGCCAUUCCUACCAGUGUAAACUUUGGCACUUGGAGAUCGUAUGCCUUGUGUGACGCUGAAAAGAUGAUGAAGGUGCCUAACCCUGACCAGUCGAAGGCUGAAGGUAAGAAACAGGGUCUUUCUAUUAACCAGGGCGCUACGCUUUCGGUGAAUCCAUUGACUGCUUACUUGAUGUUGACCCACUACGUGAAAUUGACCCCAGGCAAGGACUGGUUUAUCCAGAACGGUGGUAACUCUGCUGUGGGUAAGUUUGCUUCGCAGAUCGCCAAGCUCUUGGGUUUCAACUCGCUUUCUGUGGUCAGAGACAGAUCAGAGAUUGAGGACCUUAAGAAGGACUUGAAGGAAGUUUGCGGUGCCACUCAGGUUAUCACCGAGGAGCAGAACAACUCUAAGGAGUUUGGGCCUCAGGUGAAGCAAUGGCUUAAGGAAUCAGGCGGUGAAAUCAAGCUUGCUUUGAACUGUGUGGGUGGUAAGUCCAGUGCUGGCGUUGCCAGAAAAUUGGCUCCUAACGGGUUGAUGUUGACUUACGGUGGUAUGUCUUUCCAGCCUGUCACAUUGCCUACUUCUUUGCACAUUUUCAAGAACAUCACCAGUGCCGGAUUCUGGGUCACUGAGUUGUUGAAGAGCGACCCUAACUUGAAGAGGGAGACUGUCGACCGUAUUGUUGACUGGUACACCAACGGUGAGCUCUUGGACGCUCCAUCCCAUGAAAACGUCUGGGGCAACGAGGACUUGGCCAAGGUCGUGAUUAGCGGUGUGGAAAACUCCAAGAGCGGCAAGCAACUUGUCAAGUUUUAA